AUGAUUUUUAAACUUUGCUGCGUAUGGUUUGUUUUCACGCUGUGUUCCCGAGAGGGUUACAAUGCGUACACACUGACGGACGUUGAUAAUUUGUGGACCAAUAUAACAAAUGGCUACAACAAGAACCACCGGCCGAUUCAAGACCAAUCUCAGUCCAUUGAUGUGAGCAUCAACUUCGCGCUUUACAGCAUUCAGGAAAUCAACGAACUUUCUGGGAAAGUUUCGGUAACUGGCACAUUGGAGUUAAUAUGGAAAGACGAGGAGCUUGUCUGGAAACCGGUUGAUUACAACUACAUUUAUUCAAUAAUGGUUCCCGUCUCCGAGGUUUGGUAUCCGCCCCUGAUCAUUGGCAACCCAGAUACCACCUCAACAGCUAUUAAAGUUGAGGACAGGAGCUAUGUUUGGCUUGGGGCAGACGGCACAAUCAUGUUUUACCCUUCCGGUGUAUAUUCAGUCAAUAGCCCAUUGGAUUCGAAAUAUUACCCCUUUGAUAAACAGACUUUCAACAUUCAAUUUGUUCUCAAUGGCUUCACGAACACACAAGUGAACCUAAUAGAAGGAAAAACGAAUAUUGUAUCGUCAUUCGAAGGAAAUGGCGAAUGGUCCCUGUUAAAUUCGACCAGGAAUGUAAUAGUAUUGAACCAAUAUACACCAGUUGCUCAGUUCACUGUCAGCUUAGAGAGAAAGUCGACGUUUAUGGUUGUUAACAUCAUUCUGCCAAUAGUGUUUCUGGCUGUAAUCAACCUUCUUGUGUUCGUGCUACCGCCCGAUGCCGGGGAACGGGUAUCAUUCUCCGUGACUCUACUCCUGUCGUUAGCUGUUUUUAUGACAUUGGUUGGAGAUAACCUGCCGAAAACGUCCGACCCACUUCCCGUGCUUAGCUAUUACCUGCUAGCAACACUGACCCUCAGCACACUCAUGUGUGUUAUGGCCAUGCUGAAUCUUUCAAUCUACCAUAAAAAUGAGCAGUCUCGACCACCAAAGUGCAUUGCUGUUGUAGCUGCUGCCGUCCUUUGCCGAAAUAGAUUUCACAAGUCUCAGAAAGUUAAAGACAUUGCCGAAACCGACACCAACCCGACGAUGGAGAAACAAGGUGAAACAAUGAAGGUGGCAUUCGAAGACAAGGAAGUAACGCUCAGCUGGAAGGAUGGGUGUGAAGCAUAUACACUAACGGACGUUGAUACUCUGUGGACCAAUAUAACAAAUGGCUACAACAAGAACCACCGGCCAAUCCAAGACCAAUCUCAGCGCAUUGAUGUGAGCAUCAACUUCGCACUUUACAGCAUUCAGGAAAUUAACGAGCUAACUGGGAAGGUAUCGGUAACUGGCACAUUGGAAUUAAUAUGGAAAGACGAGGAGCUUGUCUGGAAACCGGAUGAUUACAACUACAUUUAUUCAAUGAUGGUUCCCAUCUCCGAGGUUUGGUACCCGCCCCUGUUCAUUGGCAACCCGGAUACCACCGCAACAGCUUUUAAAGUUGAGGACAGGAGCUAUGUUCGGCUUUCGUCAGACGGCACAAUCUCGUUCUAUCCUUCCGGUGUAUAUUCAAUCAAUAGUCCGCUGGAUUCGAAAUAUUACCCAUUUGAUAAGCAGACGUUCGGCAUUCAAUUUAUUGUCCCAGGUUUCAUAAACACAGAAGUAAACCUCAUCGAAGGAACUGUAACGUAUAUCGCAUCGUCGUUCGAAGGAGACGGCGGAUGGUCCCUGUUAAAUCUGACAAGAGCGGUGACACUAGUCAGCCAAUAUACAUCAGCAGCUAUAUUCACUGUCAGCUUAGAGAGAAAGUCGACGUUUAUGGUUGUAAACAUCAUUCUGCCAAUAGUGUUUCUGGCUGUAAUCAACCUGCUAGUGUUUGUACUGCCGCCCGAUGCCGGGGAACGGGUAUCAUACUCCGUGACUCUACUCCUGUCGUUAGCAGUGUUUAUGACAUUGCUUGGAGAUAACCUGCCGAAAACGUCAGACCCGCUCCCCGUGCUUAGCUAUUAUCUGUUAGCAACACUGACCCUCAGCACGCUCAUGUGUGUUAUGGCCAUCCUGAAUCUUUCAAUCUACCAUAAAAAUGAGCAAUCUCGACCACCAAAGUGCAUUUCAAUCGUAGCUGGUGCAGUACUUUGCCGAAAUACAUUUCUCAAGUCUCAGAAAGUUGAAGACAUUGCCGAAACCGACAUUAAACCGACAAUGGAGAAACAAGGUGCAAACAUGAAGGUAACAUUCGAAGACAACAAGGAAGUAACGCUCAGCUGGAAGGAUGUUAGUUACGCUGUUGAUAUUCUGUGCUUAGUGGCAUUUAUAAUUGUUAUAUUUGUUAUCAAUAUCUACUACCUUGUACAGUUAACAUCACAAUAG